AAUAUAAACAAAACACUAUUGAAAUGAUGUCAAACACAAAACCCCAAAAAUAUAACACGAAAAAAAAUCACAAAGCGUACACGCUUUUUAAAUUAUUUUAAAAACCAUUAAAAAUGAGUGCAAAAAUUGAAGAUUUGCCACAAUUUUCGGUGUGUAAAAAUAAAGUUGUGGAAUUUGAAUCGACUUGGAGCUUAGAAAGAGUUUAUGACAAAGCAAUUCCGAUUCCAACCCAAACCGAUCCAAUUAACAAAAUGGAACAUAAAUCAACAAAUGUACAGGAAUAUAAAGAUGACGAAACACAAACCGAGUCAUUUGCCAAUACCGCCCCAGCCGCCAUAAAUGAGAAAAAAUUAACCGAAUCACUUCGAUUAUUAUCUGCCAUUAUGGAGUCUGAAGUUAAACUUGGCACGACGAAUAUAUUUAAGUUUCAAUCAAAUUAGAAAAAACGAUCACUCACCCACAACAAAAGCGGAAAUGCCAAUGAAAUUGUGAAAAAUCUUCAAAAUAACAGGUCGUAUGCGAUAUUUUUUGAAAAUUUCAUAUGACCAAAGUGCUGAAAUUCCAUUAAAACCGGAGAUUACAACCAAUAUCAAUGAGAUCAGGCCAAGAAUUGAAUGAAGACGCAUAAAAUGAAACUUCCGGACCAAAUAAAAAAUAACUGAGCCGAAAAUAGCCAUGGCAGAACCAACCACUUGAAGAAUCCAAUGAACAUUUCGUUUUGUUUUCGGUGUAAAGAUUAAUGACCAAUAAUUGUUUGAAUAUAGUGUCAAAAUCGAUUCAGCCAUUAACAAUUGAUACUAAAAAUUUUUUUAAAAUAAAAUGCGAUACAAUUUUUUUUUUGAAAA